UUUUAGCGCUGAGAAGAUAAACUGUAUUAUAUCGAAUAUAACGACCAUCCAGUAGUAAUGAUGUUCGCUUGCCCCGACCUUUAUUGAUCUGAUAUCCGCCAUGGUUUCCUAUUCACCACUAUUCUCAUCUUCACCUGCUCGCUGGAAGCAACUGGUGCUUUCCAAAAGAAUAACAAUUGCCUCAGUAUUGCUCCUCUUCUCUCUACUCGCCCUCUCCGAAGUCUUCCUCGAACGUGGAAUAAGCACUCGUAUCUUGUCUUCUCUCUCAUUUAACGCAAAAUCCUCGGACCAAUCACCACUUUCAUGCUCGAAUCCUUUCGACCCUUCCUCGUUUCCGCACCACACUCCCCGGCCAACUUACACGCGCAAAGCAAACGCUACUUUCCUUACUCUGGCCCGGAAUAGCGACUUGGCUGGUGUAAUACAUAGUAUGAAACAGGUCGAGGGGAGAUUCAAUCGGGAUAGACAUUAUCCUUGGGUUUUUUUGAACGACGAGCCUUUCACAGAGGAAUUCAUCAGAUGCACCUCUGCAGUAACUUCUGCUAAAACACACUAUGGCCAAAUUCCACGCGAGCAAUGGGUACAGCCAGAUUUCAUAGACGAGGAGAAGGCCACGAAGGCGAGGAAAGCAUUGUCGAAGAUGAGGGGGGUUUUUUAUGCUGAGAGUGUAUCAUAUCGCAACAUGUGUCGUUUCUAUUCUGGAUUCUUCUACAAACAACCCUUGCUCCAAGAUUUCAAGUAUUACUGGCGCGUAGAGCCAGACAUUAACUACCGCUGCGAAAUAGAGUACGACCCGUUCUUAUAUAUGGAGGAUAAUGAUAAGGCUUACGGCUUCACCAUAUCCGUACCAGAACAAAAAGAAACCACACCUACAUUAUGGGAUACGUCAAUGGAGUUUUUUAAUCAAAACCCACAAUACCUCCACCCUAAUAACGCUAUGCGCUUCGCGUCAAAGGAUGGAGGGAUGACGUGGACGAGAUGUACUUAUUGGACCAACUUCGAAAUCGGCGAUCUUGACUUUUUCCGUGGAUCAGAGGGAUACACCAAAUACUUUGAACAUCUUGAAGCUGCAGGAGGGUUUUAUUAUGAGCGCUGGGGUGACGCUCCCAUGCACGGUAUUGCCAUCUCCCUCCUCCUCGACCGGGACCGCAUACACCAUUUUGACGACAUCGCAUACGAACAUACCGGCUGGGAACAGUGUCCGAAUCCGGUAUCCCCUGCGUAUGAACGGGGGAGGUGUGAUUGUGAUUACGGCAAUUCGAUGGAUGUUAAGUGGAAGAGGUCAGCUUGACUGUUCAUGACAACGAUUCAAUCCUAAGUUUUCGUCUGCCAUUAGGUAUUCAUGCCAGGCAGAUUUCGAUGCUGCGUUGGCUGUUCCUCGAAUCCAUGCUGCCUAAUUUUCAGGAGAUGAAAGUUAAAUUAUUGACGGUCAUGGCUGGAAGCGAUAUACAUAUACGUACAUCUUGAUUGGUUUCUGUGAAGUUUGGAGUAAAACUGUCACCUCCUCAACACAGGACGUCAGUGUCAUAUUUUAUAGCAUUUCUGUAUAUUUAUGUGCCGAUACGAGACUAAUUGACAUACACAACGGGAGUAGCCAGGCUACAGUCGAUUAUCCGAAUGCGCUGGUCGGCCAUCGGGAGUCGGGAGUCGGCGUGAACGUGAAAAAAUCACGAACACAACGAUGACUCACUCCUCUACAUCUUUGC